AUGGGAGCAGCAAUUCCCCUGGCAACUGGAUCCCAUCUCAGGAGAAAAAUCAGACAAGGAGCUGUGAACCCCAAGAGAGAAGUCAUGAAAGGCGCCAUCUGGAGAGCAAUCAAGUUGUUCCUUAUUGGCAUGGUUCUGGGCACACUUGGUGGAAGAAAUGAUUUGAAAAUGCUGAGGAUUUUUGGGGUUCUCCAGCGCUUAGCAGUCAGCUACUUGAUUGGCACAGGGGUAUUUCUCCUGGUGGCCCAAGAAAAUUACCCUGCACCUUCUGCCAUCUCUAAUUUCAGAGCUGGGGUUCAUGGGGUUUUGCUGAUGGCACCAGCUUGGAUUCUGACUGCUGCUCUACUGCUCAUCCACAGUUUGGUCAUUGCUCUGCUUCCAGUUCCUUCAUGUCCAAAGGGCUACCUUGGACCUGGUGGACUUCAUGAGGAUGGAGCCCAUCUUAAAACCUGCAUAGGGGGCGCCACAGGUUUCAUUGACAGAGAAAUCCUGACUUUGAAUCACAUGUACCCUUACCCUACCUCCAUGGAGUUGUACAAAAGUGGACCAUUUGACCCAGAGGGUCUCUGGGGAAUGAAUUCCUUGGCAAUGUACAUUGGCCAUUCUGUUGCCUACAACGUGUUUCCCUGGAGAUACAGAUAUGGAAGCAUGAAUACCCACUUUGAAAGACUCGUGGAGAAUUUGUGGGGAACUUGUCUUUGGGUUCUUGUGUCUUUCUGGAUGUUCAAAAAGAAUAUUUUUGUUAAGGUGCUUGCUGCUGCUGAACAACAUGAGGAAUCUUCAAAAGUGUACCCAGUUUGGGCUCAGUCAGAAGACCCAUCUUCAAAAUCCUGGACUCUUUACCUGUAUCAAGAGUAUCAAGACUCAUCACAGGGUCCUUCAAGGGACCAAGGACCCUUUCAGCUGUCUGAGAACCAGGAUCUGUUGUCAGAUUCAUUCAAAAGUGCAGAUAGUGUAGCAAGGCUUUCCAGGUGCAAGCACUUGUCAGGGUUGUCAGCUGAAGGUGGAGUUGCUGCUGUUAGCCUUUGCCCUGGUGGAGAAACUCAGGAUGAGGAGAAACUGCCUCCAGUGGCAGUCUGUUGUGCAAAAAUAUCUGCUGUUUGGGAGACAGGUGUUUUCCUGAGCAGGGAAGGAAGAAGAAUGGUUUUGAAGCCAGAUGGUGACUCCAGCAGUCGCCAACAGAGGUCGCAUGAAGAAUCUCAAGACCCAAUUCCUCAUUCCCUCAUCACACCAAGAAAUGAGACCAGUCAGAAAGAGGGUGCUGAAAAUUCAAGGGCUGUGGAUGAAAAGUACACCAUGGAGUUGGCUGUUUUUACAGAUGCCGCCCUCCUGCGGUUCAUGGAAUCUCGCAACCCCGACGGCGGCAGCGACGCCAUGAGCCGCGUCGUGGACGUCGUCCUGGCCUUCGUGAACGCAGUCCAGGCCCUGUUCGAUGCCGACCACAUCCGUCCAUCCCUGGGCAUCACUGUUGUCCAGCUCGACGUGUUGUCCGACGAUGCAGCCGGGCCUCCGAUCCCGGUGAAAGACGGCACGGAGAUCGUCGACUACCUGGAGGCCUUCUGCUCGUGGGCUGCAGCGAGGAAGCCGACGCGAGCGACAUCUGAACGAUGGCAGGAUGCCGUGGGCUGGGACCACGCGCUGCUCAUUUCUGGCUGGGAUCUCGCCAUCCAAGGGGACACAACAGUGAUGGGAUUGUCAUGGGUUGAUGGGAUCUGCAGCAAUGAUCAAUCGUGUUCUGUCAAUGAAGGCCGCAGCUUUGAGUCUGUGUUUGUCAUGGCCCAUGAGCUGGCCCACAACCUUGGCGUUGGCCAUGAUGGGGAUGUUGGGGCUGAAGACUGCCCUGAUGCAGGCCACAUCAUGUCUGAGUCUGUUGGGCCAGGGAAGACCACCUGGUCCACAUGUUCACAGACUGCACUUGCCUCUGGCCUCAGACAUGCAACUUGCCUGAGACAACAAAACAAUCCCACAAACCCAUCAAGUACAGCAGGAAUUUUAUCUGGCAUGAAUGCAGAAGAAGAAGAAGAAGCCAAGUCAAACACCAGGGUUUUCUCAGCUGAUGAACAGUGUGCUUUGCACUAUGGUAACCUGUUUUCUGCAGUGAAAAAUCAAGAGGACAUCUGCUAUGACUUGUACUGCACCAAUGGAGCCAAGAUUGUCAGGAGUCACCCAGCAGUAGAAUUCACAGUUUGUGGAGAAGGACAAAUCUGCAAACUUGGCAAAUGCAUAAGUGUUGAUGGAGACCAAAAGCAACCCCCUUUGGUCAGUCAGAGCCUGUGGGUGUCCAUUGCUGAUUUACUCUUGCACAAAGCAAGGACUGUCUCUGAACAACCCAAGAACAAAAAAGAGACAGCACAAGUUCUGAGGUCUACAGCAGAUGACCCAUCAGUGGACCACAAUUCUGUUCUUGAAAGAAUGCCUUUGGUGCAUCCAUAUGAAGGUGCCAUGUCAGAGGCAAUCCCAACCAGAGCAGUAGAAUGGAAGGUGACCUACUCUGAGUGCUCUGUGACAUGUGGUGGAGGCACCAGGACAGUCACCCUCCUUUGCAUGCUCACUACCACUGGACCUGACUCUAGUGCCAACAACUACCUCCAGGUGGACCCUCAGAUGUGUAUGGACUAUGGUGUGGCCGUGACUGGGAAUGGCAGAAUAGUGGAGUCCCCUGGGAACAACUUUGAGAGCUGCAAUACUCAGCCUUGUCCAUUUGGACACUGGGAGGGUGCAACAAGGCAGAACAAUGAAACCCAAACCAGACUUUUCUUUGGCAAGCAAGAAGAAAGCAGCUUGAACUGUGUCCAGAAGCAAGGGAUCCAGUACAGAUCAGUGAUUUGCAAGGCCAGUCUCACUGACAAACUUUCCACAAUGUCACCUUUCAAAGUCAUCAAAUCCUUGUUUGAGCUCAAGAAAAGCCUGCUGACUUCCAAGCUGAGCUUUGUCCUCAAGGACUCUGAUUGUGCUGUUGUCAAGCCAGCUGAUAAACAGUUUUGCAUCCUGGGUUGUGAUGAUGAAUCCAAUAAUGUUGAUGGACAGAAAUUGUCCUUCUUUGGGGCCAUCAAUGAUGGACUUCAGAAAGCUGUCAAAAAU